AUGGCGUCCGUCGGCGCGCUCUCGCUGCAGGUGUACGUGUUCCAGGAGCCGACACACAACCUGUGGCUGAUGCUGGAAGGGCCAAAUCUGCAAGUUGGCAACCCCCAGUUCGGACCAUACCUCGUAUUUUUCCUUCUCUCUCUGUGGAUCCUCGCGGCUGCCUUUGCCACAUACGUCGAGGGGCCAUUCAUGCGAGCGAUGGCGAGCAAGUGGAAGCGCGCCCCGCCAGCUGAAUGGACU